AUGAGCAUCCGAGUAUCAUAUGAUUCUGCGAUUUUACGGGGUGAUUUGAGUGACAAAUUAAUACAGUUCACAAACUGUCGUUCAUUGCAUGGUACUGAACUAACCGACAAUGAUGUUUUUAUUGAAAACGGCAUAAUUCUGGAUGAAUCGAGUGUUUUCUAUGAUCAGAAGAGAAUUGCGGACAUAAAAAUUGAUUGUAUGGGCUAUAUUGUGAUACCUGGCUUGAUUGAUAUGCAAUUCAAUGGUGCAUUUGGUAUCGAUUUUUCUUCGUUGCCUCCUGAGGAAUUUAUUGAUAAAGUGAAUUCUGUAUCCUAUCGACUGCUUCAAUACGGCGUUACUUCUUACUGCCCCACCAUCAUAACAUCUCCGCCUGAUGUUUAUCAUAAGAUACUACCACUGUUUGGUGAAUUAAAAGCUAAAAGCGAUGGUGCGGCCGUAAUCGGAGCACAUUGUGAAGGUCCAUUUAUAUCAGUACUCAAGAAGGGCGCUCAUCCAGAAAAAUUUGUUAAAAGUGACUUAGGUGAUGAUCCGUCACAAACUCUGAUUGAUAUGUAUGGAUCUACUGAGAAUAUCGCUAUUUGUACAUUAGCACCAGAACUGAAAGGUGCACGAGAAGGGAUAGAAUACUUGAAAAGUAAAGGUGUCGUUAUAUCGAUGGGUCAUUCGAGUGGUACUCUGGUUGAUGCCGAAAGAGGUUUUCACGCUGGAGCAACGUGUCUCACACAUCUUUUCAACGCGAUGCCUUCGUAUCAUCAUCGUGAUCCGGGCCUAAUCGGAAUACUAACCUCAAAAUAUGUACCCGAAUCGAAACGGAUAUAUUACGGCAUAAUAUCGGAUGGCAUACAUACGCAUGAUUCAGCGCUUCGAAUCGCCUACAAGACGAAUCCAGACGGAUUGAUUUUGAUCACAGAUGCAAUUAGUGCAUUCGGUUUGGGUGAUGGCAUCUUAAGGCUGGGUGAUCAA